AAUAGUAGUUGCUCGAUACAUUCUGUUGAGUAAACAAAUGAAAGAGUGAAUCUCAAUGGGCACAAGCAAGUUCAUAUUUAUUGAAAAGCUGCAAUGUGUCAGGUACUGCAGUAGGCACCAGGGAUAUAAAAAAGAACAUUUGGGGGUUGAAGUUUAUUUCAAGACCUUCACAUAGUUAUCACUGACUUUGGGGGAUAUGUUUUAUCUCAGAAGUAGUUUUCUAACUGAGGGAGGGGGAAUUUGGGUUCACCACCUUGUGCAAAGUGAAAAAAAAAACUCCAGAAAGACGUCUUUGCCCUAAUUUCUCUGAAGAGCUUUUCAACGAAACAAAAUGUCAGUGGUUUAUCAGGUAGACAUCAAGAGUGUUGCAGCAGGCAUACCAGUGUGGGAAAUCCUAUGGUGAUUCAAGACCACUACGAAUUCCUGUUGUUCCCAGUAAGUCCCCACGCAUAUUGCUAACCGCAAACAAUUCAUAUUUGGUGCACAAUGAGACUCUAACGGUGAGCCAUGCAGCUUGAGGUGAGAAAAAGCCCUGACCUGAGUCUCAAGAUCGGGGAUAGAAGCCGGCUCUGCAUUCUGACCCUGAGCCUCAGUUCCUCACCAUAAAAUUACGCUUUUAAAAAUUAGCCUCCUUCAAAUGUGCAAAUGGGUGAGAAAAUCCUCUACUCCCUGGAAAACACUGUACCAAUGGGACUGUGAUUCUGAUAGGGAGAAGAAGCCCUUUGGACCAUUUCACUCAAUAAUUUCUUCAACUUCAGAGUGCCUGUCACCAUGGCACUACACACUGCGGACAUGGAGAAGGACAAGUGACAGGACCCUUCCACUUAGCAAACACCCAGUCCACUUCCAGAAUUUUAUCCCCAGGCUGUAGGUAAGCAAAAGCAAAAACACCAUUGCAGGAAGAGAUCAUUGCAGCGAUAUCUGUAACAACAGCAAUAAAACUGGAAACAACCCAGAUAUUUGUAAAACAGGAUGGUUUCCUCAAUUAUGCAUCCCAAUAUUUUGAUUAGAAAAAAUAUCUAGCCUACCCACACCUAUGCCCUGGUAGGGUCAACCUUGGAGGUGAUAGUUUGUUUGAGGGGAGGCAGAUGACCCUGCCCCAAGGGGGUGGCUGCUUGGAGGCCGGACAAAGGGGUGUGUGAUGGUGACAGGUCACAAAGGACUGUGAAGGAUAAAUGUGGUGGUGUGAGGAGAUUUAGGCAGAGCCCUGCAGGGAGAUGGGCAGUUGCCUUCGCUCCCUCUCUCUCUCGGGGACUCGACUUGUGGCUGGUGGAGCUGUCUUAAAUGAAGAGAACCAUGAGCAGCGAAUGUGUGUUACCUUACUACACGGCCCACAGCUACCGUUCAAUGGGCGUGUUCAAUACCUCCAUGGGGGACCUGCAACGACAACUGUACAAGGGAGGAGAGUAUGAUAUUUUCAAGUACGCACCGAUGUUUGAGAGUGACUUUAUCCAGAUCAGCAAAAAAGGAGAGGUGAUCGAUGUGCACAACCGUGUCCGAAUGGUGACUGUGGGCAUCGCAUCCACCAGCCCCAUCCUCCCAUUACCUGACGUCAUGCUGCUGGCCCGACCAACUAAAGUCUGUGAAGAGCAUGCCAGACACGCCCGGACCACCAGGGGGAGAGGUCGCAAGCCCUCAAAGACCCUAGAGCUCACCAGGCUGCUUCCCUUGAAGUUUGUCAAGAUCUCCAUCCACGAUCGUGAGAAACAGCAGCUGCGCCUGAAGCUUGCCACUGGCCGUACUUUUUAUCUGCAGCUGUGUCCCUCUUCAGAUGCACGAGAAGAUCUCUUUUGCUAUUGGGAAAAACUUGUCUAUCUCCUGAGACCACCAAUGGGGAGUUGCAGUAGCACUCCGACAAUCCAAACCAGGGACACGACAACCAUAGAGGAUGACAGAAGCAUAGUGACCUCAGAGCUCCAUGGAGAAGGGGAUAAGGAUAAGGGGCUUCACAAGCCUCAUAAUGUGUCCAGAGCCACUUCUUCUGCUUAUUCUGGGGGAGAGGGAAUACAUCACGCCCCUCAUGGAAAUACUGGUUCACCUUUAGGCAUGAAAACUCCAAGGACUGCCGAAGGAGCAGCAAAGGGGGCAGCCACGGGCCCGGCCGCAGCAGGAACAGCAGCGAGCCCUACAGCAAGUGUGGCAGGAGCAGGGGCAGCAACAAGCCCUGCAGCAGGUGCUUUGGGUAUAGCAGGAACCAAGAGCACGGGCACAGGCCAGGUAAGCACAGCCCUGUCAGGAGCCACCACCAAGAGUCCAGGACAAAGUGGAUCCAGCAAGGCCAUUGCCGCUGCUGCCAACAUAUCCUCUGAGUGUAUGAACGUGGUCUUGGCGGGUGCUGCAAGCUCGUCCUCGUUAGGUACUUCCACCAUAACGGCGGGGGCUGCCAGUCUCUCCCCAGAGAGCAGCUUCGUGUUUGCAGGUGCAACGAUGACCAAAACUCCUGCCGCGGGAAAAGCCGAAGGCCCGACGGCCGGGCCCCUCGUCUCCACCUUGCAGAGUGAAGGCUACAUGAGUGAACGGGAUGGAAGCCAGAAGGUCUCCCAGCCCAGAGCCGAAGCUCGGAAGGAAAAAAAAGAAAAGAGAGAAAAGAAGGACAGAACUUCCACCGGGAAAAGUUCUCGUCACCACAGGACAGGAGGGAGCAAGUCAACCCGGAAAUCAUCCUCCCACCGGUCCUUAUCUGGCCAUAGACACACACGAGAAGACAAAAAAGAAAAAGGGCAGGGCCACGUGAAGGGCAGAGGACACAGCUCUCACAAGAGUGCCAGCCACAGCUCCACCAUGAAGGAGUCGAGGACAGCUCACAAAGUGGGGAAGAGCAGAUCUGCCACCAGUUCAGGUACUUUAAGUAAGAAAUCCAGUCGGAUUGGCUGUUUUUUCAAGAGCCUCAGAGUCACUCCUGGUUCAAAAACUGUGGUCACACCACACGACAGGGAGGUUGACUUCAUAGCUAAGACAGUUGAGAAGUGCAACAUAGAGACCACGGUAGAGAAAGCUCCAGGUGGCCAGGAUCUGGGGAUCUCUGGCACCGUGACAUCUGAGACAACGGAGACGAUCAUCAUUGAAGCCAAAUCCAUUUAA